CAAAGAGGUUGGAAUCCUAUCAAGAGAUUGAUUCAGAGGAUGAGGAUUCAGCUGAUCGUCAGUGUGGCUCUCUGACCCAUAUGUCAAAAUGGCAGGGGCACAACUGCAGAGCUGUGAAUGAAUCUUUGAACAGAAAGUCUUUGAAUCAGUUGUCUGAUAGUUACCCUGCGUUAGGAAGGGAAGAUGGAACAGGUGAUGUUCGCCACUCAGGACGUGUUGCGUUCAGCAGCCCCAUUGAAACAGAUGUUAUACCAGACACAGAACUGCUGGAGAAGUUCAGUCAGAUUUCUUCUCAUUCCUAUCGACAAUCAGAAGAAGCUAGCAGCAAGUUAGCUUUGGAGACAAUGUACAUCACUGACUUCUUUCUUGCUCUGGCAAUCUGUAAUACCGUUGUAGUUUCAGUCCCCAAUCAGCCACGUCAGAAGAUGAGGCUCUCUUCUCUGGGUAGGAUGCCUAUUAAAUCACUUGAGGAAAUCAGGCAAAUGUUCCAGAGGUUGUCAGUCCGGAGACUAAGUUCCUCCCCACUUCCAACUGUAAAAGAGUCAUCUGAAAGCCCCAACAGUUUUGUGAGAAAACUGUCUAUUUUCAGAAUGAAGCUGGCUUCACCUGCUUUGGAUGGGGAUGCUGAAAGGGCUGCUGAGCCUCACAGUGCCGACAGCCCAGAAAAUCCCCAAGUGCCUCAAGAACUAGAUACGAUGAAUGUAGCUGCUGGCUGUGAACACAACAGUGCUGCAUCAUGUAUUGAAUUGUCUUCCUCACCUAAACUGUGUUAUGAAGCUGAGAGUCCAGAUGAAGCUGCCUUGGUUCAUGCUGCUAGGGCUUAUAAGUGUAUUUUAGAGUCCAGGACUCCAGAUCAAGUAACUGUGGACUUUGCAGGUCUGGGAUCUUUAACAUUUCAAAUUUUGCAUAUCCUGCCUUUUGAUUCAGUGCGGAAAAGGAUGUCGGUGGUGGUUCGGCACCCAGUCUCCAACAAAGUGGUGGUGUACACCAAAGGUGCAGACUCAGUCAUGAUGGAUUUGUUGAGAACUGCAUCUGAAGUAGGUACUAAUAAUUCAGAAGUGGAACAAAAAAAGAUUAAAGAGAGAACUCAGAAGCAUUUGGAUGACUAUGCCAGAAGAGGACUGCGCACUCUAUGUAUUGCUAAGAAGGUGCUGAGUGAUGCAGAAUAUGCAGAGUGGUUAAAUAAUCAUUUUUUAGCGGAAACCAGUAUUGAGAACAGGGAGGAGUUGCUGCUUGAAUCUGCUAUCAGGCUUGAGACUGAACUAACUUUGCUUGGUGCCACUGGCAUUGAAGAUCGCCUGCAGGAGGGUGUUCCAGACACAAUACAGGCAUUACGGAAAGCAGGAAUAAAAAUAUGGAUGCUGACAGGUGACAAGAGAGAGACAGCUGUCAACAUUGCCUAUGCUUGUAAACUGCUGGAACCAGAUGACAGAAUCUUCACUCUCAAAUCACAAAGUAGGGAUGCCUGUGCCUUGGUGAUGAGCAAAAUUUUAGAAGGCAUCCAGAAGAAUACUUCUGCCAAAAAAAAACCCAGUCAUAAACUUGGGAAUGUCUCUGCAAGUCCCUCCACCCAAGCUCCAGGGUUCAGUGCAGGCCUGGUUAUUGAUGGAAGGACUUUAGAGCAUGUCCUUCAUGACAGCCUACAAAAUAUUUUCUUGGAACUCACAGAAAAAUGUCAGGCUGUAGUCUGCUGCCGAGCCACACCACUACAGAAAAGUGUCCUGGUCAGACUGGUGCGAAAUAAGCUGAAGGCAGUGACAUUAGCUGUAGGUGAUGGUGCCAAUGAUGUCAGUAUGAUCCAGGUAGCUGACACUGGUGUGGGAAUAUCAGGCCAAGAAGGCAUGCAGGCUGUGAUGGCAAGUGACUUUGCAAUCUCUCAGUUUAGACACCUCAGGAAGCUGCUGCUUGUCCAUGGCCACUGGUGUUAUACCAGGCUUACCAACAUGGUGCUUUACUUCUUCUACAAAAAUGUGGCCUAUGUGAACCUCCUGUUCUGGUACCAGUUCUUCUGUGGGUUUUCAGGCACAUCAAUGACUGACUAUUGGAUCUUGAUUCUUUUCAAUCUCCUUUUUACAUCAUUGCCACCCAUCAUAUAUGGUGUCUUGGACAAAGAUGUGUCUGCGGAGAUACUCAUGCAGCUCCCACAGCUGUACAUGAUGAGCCAGAAAUCUGUGGCUUACUUGACUUCAGCUUUCUGGAUAACCUUGCUGGAUGCUUUUUACCAAAGUCUCGUUUGCUUUUUUGUGCCUUACUUUACCUACUAUGGCUCAGACAUUGACAUUUUUUCUUUUGGAAACCCUAUAAACACAGCAGCGCUCUUCAUAAUACUGUUUCACCUUCUCAUUGAGUGCAAGUCUGUGACGUGGAUACAUACAGUAGUUAUAGUUGGCAGCAUCCUGUUUUACUUUGUCUUCACUCUGGCUUUUGGGGCAACCUGCAAAACCUUCAACCCACGAUCAAAUCCUUACUGGAUCAUGGAAAAGCACAUGACAGACCCAGUAUUUUACUUAGUUUGUCUCCUGACUAUUUGUGUUGCUCUGCUACCCAG